AACGUUCUUCGCCUCUGGUGUUGCCUAAGAAAACGGGAAGGGAAUGUACGUGUUGCCAGCAAACCUCGGGUACCUGUAUAAAUUCUCUCCUUCAUUUACCCGACAUUUUUGUUGCGUCUUUCACACAACACCCACACACAUUCAUUCAUUCUCUCUCUUUCUCUCCAUUGUUGCUUCUGCCCAUCCCUGAAUACCAAUAAACAACUAAUCCUUUCCGUGUACACGGAGUCACCGACUACAUACACGCGUUUCCAUUUUCAUUGCGAAAACUGUGCACAAAUAAAUAAGGAACAAGACUUUUCACGAAUCAAUGGUCUGUUUGAAUUUUGAAGCCCCUAAUGGAGAGUUUUUUCCGUAGUUUGACAAUCUAAAACACUUAUAUAUGGUUUUGCAACGACAAUUCUUGACUUUCGACAGUUAUGGCCAUAUUUGGAGAUGGGUUUGUGCUUCUGGCCUCGCUACCGCAUUAGGAUAUGGCUACUAACAAUUUACAGAUGGCUGGGAUCAACUCCCAUCUUGAAAUGGGAGCACUAGAAGGGAGAUCUACACUUGAGUUUGAGGAUGAGAGCCUCGCCAGCCCUGGGCCAUUUAGUAAUAAGACAUCUUCUCUGGAUGCAGCCCCGAACAGAUUUUUCUUUGAUGAUGGUUCUGAAGAUUUUGGUUGUAGAUGUAUAUGUAAAAGCGUGUUAAGAAGCAUUGCAGUUGUUUUCUUCACCAACAAAUUAAAUUUACUUUUACCAUGUGGCCCUUUAGCAAUACUGGUUGAUAAGUUGACCAAACAUGAUGGUUGGGUAUUCUUGCUAAGCUUAUUGGGCAUCAUACCUUUAGCUGAGCGGUUAGGUUGGGCUACAGAGCAGCUGGCUUCCUACACUGGAUCUACAGUUGGGGGUCUUUUGAGUGCUACUUUUGGAAAUGCAACAGAGCUGAUAAUAUCAAUGUAUGCACUGAAAAGUGGCAUGCUACGAGUUCUUCAACAGUCAUUACUGGGCUCAAUUUUAUCAAACAUGUUGCUGGUUCUUGGAUGUUCAUUUUUUGCUGGUGGAAUUGUUCAUUCUAAUAAGGAACAGGUGUUUGACAAGGCAACUGCCAUUAUGAAUUCGGGAUUGCUCUUGAUGGCAGUCAUGGGCCUGUUGUUCCCAGCUGUUCUCCAUUUCACACAUACUGAGUUGCACUUUGGGAAGUCUGAACUGGCACUUUCACGCUUUAGCAGCUGCAUUAUGCUCGUGGCAUAUGGUGCCUAUCUGUUUUUCCAGCUGACGAGCAAUAGGAAUGCAUAUUCCCCUGUUAAAGAGGAAGAAAGUCAGAAUGAUGGAAGCUCGGGUGAUGAAGAAGCUCCUGAGAUCUCUAAAUGCGGAUCAAUAAUAUGGCUCUUCAUUUUGACUGUAUGGAUAUCAGUCCUUUCAGAGUAUCUUGUGAAUGCCAUAGAGGGGGCAUCUGUUUCAUUGAAUAUACCGGUGUCGUUUAUUAGUGUUAUCUUACUCCCAAUUGUUGGAAAUGCUGCAGAACAUGCAGCUGCUGUUAUGUUUGCCAUGAAAGACAAGCUUGAUAUUUCUUUAGGAGUGGCGAUAGGCUCCUCGACACAGAUAUCUAUGUUCGGGGUAGGUGUUGAACAUUAUAUAUAUUCAUGUCAACUUCUAGCUGUUGUUAAAUAGCAUGCAUGUGCUCAUUUUAACUGCAUGUUAUACAUCUCAUUGACUACUUGGCAGCCCAGCGGAUGAUGUUAAUUCCUUCUUGGGUGAAUGCUAUUUGGCCUAUGCCAAAAGGGUUGUCAUAAAAAAAUCUUCCAUCUCUUAAAUUGUUCUGCUACCUCCUCAUGUUCAUCUCCUUCACGGAGUUGUUUAAAUGCAUGGCCUCUUGCAUUGUCCUGAUGGUGAAUUCCAGUCGUUCAUAUAUUUUACUCAAUACCCCUUGAUAAAUAUUAAAUAAUGUACUAGUGAACCGCAUUACCAAUGAACUUGUUAGCUUAUCAUUCACUGGCAGAUGCUUGCCUCAGAAGUGUACUCUCAACGCCAUCCAACCAGUUUCAUUUGAUUAUACACUUUUAUCUUCAUAAUUUAGAUACUAUUUUCUUCCAAAUAACCUGCCAAUUAUACGCUUGAUGCUUUAUAUCUGUUUUUGUGAGCUUAUCAUCGUAUUGAUGCCAUGUUUCAGAAGAUCAUUCCAUGUCUCCUUUGAUCAUAUCCACAAUUUAACAGUGCUGCUAUCUUCAAUAUUGUGCUACUCACAAUAUUGGGUAUGUUGCCCAUAUGUGGAUAUUUACCUCUUAACACCUGCUUCAUUUCUAUGACUGCAGAUUCCAUUUUGUGUGGUUGUGGGGUGGAUCAUGGGACGUCCUAUGGAUUUGAAUUUUCAACUUUUUGAGACCGCCACUCUUUUCAUGACUGUUCUUGUAGUAGCCUUCAUGCUGCAGGAGGGAACUUCAAACUAUUUUAAAGGACUAAUGCUCCUCUUUUGCUAUUUGAUAGUCGCAGCAAGUUUCUUUGUACAUAUAGAUCCUAAAUCUAUACAGGAUAAACCCUCAAAGCCUUAGUUAUUAAAAUAGCAAACAGAUUUGUUAUGAAGACGUGCAAAGCUAAAGGCCGGUUCCAUGUCUUUGAAACGAUUUUUGUGAACGAAGGAAUGCUUUCAAAGUUGGUCAAUGAAGAGCCAUGGAUCAUGAAGCUGUUCUGCCACAGCUCGAGGUCUGUCUUUCCCAUGACAGUGCAAUCAGAUUGGACAUCCAUCAAGUAGCUCUAAUUUUCCUAUAGAAUUUUAGCUGUUAGCAGCGGCAGAAGCCAGCGAUAUGUAAUGAAAAUGCAAAGAAGACGUUAUUAUUAUUUUAUUUGGUUUAUAGUUCUGUGGUCAUAUACCAUUACUUUUGGUGUCAUUCCUGCCCUACAUAUGUAUACUCAUGAGCUACAAUUGAAUUGUCUUGUCCUGUUUCAUCCUUAUUUUUUUCUAGUGUAAUCUUUUUUCGGAAAGUAUUCAUUAAUGAUUAA